UAAAAUACCAUUUUCAAGCCUAAAUUUUUCCCAAAUCCCAUUUCCCAAUCAAAUGUCAGCUCAGUCUCAUUACCAUACCUUUGUUUGUGACUCCCAGUCCCAGUGACCCAAAUACAAAUUUUCCCAACGAAAGCUAGGAAAAUCCUAGUUUCUGUUUAACUCCCACAGGACUCUCAGCCGUGAUCUUGCCAGACGCAUUUUUCCGCGCCUGGCACCGUUCAUUAUUAACAGUUUGGUCCAUUGUGCUAUGAUUCGUUUUAUGAUUGCCAUAGUGAACUGUUUAUUUUUCGACACUCGAUUGACAACUGCAUUAGAAAAGUUAGCUUGUGUUCGGCUCCAAUGGACGGCAGAACACAAGUUAUAGAAGGCUGCAUUUCGGAUUCUAGCAAAGCUAAGGGGCUCAAGAAGAGAGAUCAAAAGCAGUUCCUGUUCAGUAAGCGCUAUUUUUGUUUUGGGUUCUGUCUCGGGCAGUUGGAUUUUGACACGACCUUUUACGAGAUCUGAUUGAAACUCAAACAACUUUUGUUUCUCGAGCGAGAAUCAGUACUGGUCAUGGGCCUAACAAAGUAUAGUAAAACGCCUCUAAAAUAAAAGGAAAAUAUUUGGUCGGUGUUCUACUGGGUAUCUGAAACAUUCGUGAAAGCUUGGGAAAACUACGAAAGGGUGUCGCAAUACACUCUCGUGGUUUCGUUACCCAUUGCAUUUCUCAUUCUCCCAAACUACCAUUAAUUCGUGUUGCUAAUUAACGUAGCAGGAACAGAGAAAAUGUUUCCUUUUUCUAAAGUUAAAAUGCUUCUGUUUAAAUGUUAAUUCUAGGUAGUAAGGUCAAAAGGAUGCGACGAAAUAUCAACCCAACUCCACUGAAAGACAAUUCUAUUUUAUCACGAUCCUCGGCGGAUAACAGUGCGGAUAUGAUGACGACAACCAUUCUUAUACAAUCGUCCACACCAACGGUGCCACUUCUGUCUACUCCAUCACUCGCUCCUCCGCCAUCAAAUUUGCUGGAUAACAUUACAUCACCCAUUCCCGUACAGUCGCCCACACCAGCGAUGAGUGAUGAAGACGUAAACAUCACCAUGCACUGCCAAAGUUACUGGUUUUCCUGCAGACGGCGGUGCACGCAAAAAAGAGAACUGGGAGGAACAGAAGAAAGACUUCAGUGUUUCUGUGACCGCAACUGUGUUUUUUUCAAAGACUGCUGCGCGGACUUUGACCAAUAUUGUUCCUUGUCCGGGAUAUCAGAAGUAGAUACAAACAACCCGGAUGACAAUGGCCUGUGGGAGUGUAUCUCUAGACAUGGCUCCUUCGCCAAAGCUGCUGGCAUAUGGAUGAUUUCCUCGUGUCCAAGAAAGUGGACUCAGGUUGAUAUUAAGGAACGUUGCGGUAGAGAUUUAUUUCCUUCGUACGACAAUCUAAAAGAUAACGUGCCUGUUAUCGACGGGGAAGGGAAAACGUUUAAAAAUCGUUACUGUGCGCAAUGUCAUGGCUUAAAUCUUACUGAUCUGACAUUUUAUAAUUUUGAACUCGACUGUGACGUCCCAGUACCAAAAGAGUACGAACGAAAAGAAAUAUUGAGCUUCGUUUCCGCUUUCUGUGACCGUCCUUUAUGGCGUCCUCCAGUGCAAGCGACACGCAGGUACUGUCAUAGGGUCCGACCUAAUCUUAAUUGUAAUGACAAUUCCCUUCAUCCAAACGUGCAACAAAAAUGUCUUAACGGAUCUUUGAGACUUGCAUACCAGACAGGUGGUUCAGAUAAAACGACAUUUUUCAAUCCAUACUGCGCUCUUUGUAGUCAUUUAAAAACGACUGAACUGAGAUGUGGCCCAGGACCAUCUACUAUUGGAAAAGAUGGGACACUCGCAAAGCCCUUCUCUCUUGUCAUGGAUCUUGACUUUUCUGAUCAGGAUCAUCGCUGGAGGGAAACGUCAAAAGUCCGUGGACUGAAGGUAACUUGCCGUCAUCGCUAUGUUUAUGAUUUUCAUCUUGAAGUGUGCCGUCCCGGCAUUGCACCCUCUGACGUCGCCACUGUCCGCGAGAAAACCUUCAUCGUCAGUGUUUGGAUGCGUUCCAAUGUCGAGGCCUUGUCACCUUGGUGGCCUCUGAUAACUAAAGUAAACUUUAAGGAAGCAAUGGCGAAAGAGUUAAAGAUGAACAAGUCUCUGAUUUCUAACAUCUCUAUCGGAAAUCCUUCGGGUCCCGUCUCCACUGUAGUGUUCAACAUCAACAUUAACCCCACGAAACAGACGAACGUCUCUACCCAAUCUCUCCAAACUGCCAUGAGUUCUCUUUCAAUUAUUCUAAACUAUGCAAACUUUACUUUCUUUAAAAUUACCGUGAAACCCUUUCACUGUGCUAAAGUUCAAACUUUCACGCCAAAUGAAUAUACUAAGUCUGAAGGAAACGCAGUACGAGUUUGGAAAACAGGAGAAAUAUUUCAAGAAGCGGACUAUUACACGGACGAAACGGAAUGGUUAAACGGAUCCUUAGUUCCUAUCGGUAACCUUACAGUCUGCAAACAGCCGCGAUUAAACUGUUCUGGGGUUUUAGUUGGGUUAAACGAGAGCGAAUACAUUAUGUUACCAAACGGCUCACUUUAUCGAAAAGAUUCCCGUGAAAUCUUCGAACUAGAAAGGUUUCUCAUGAACAAUGAUACCAUCUGGGUUUGUGCACAGUUUUCUUCAAGUUACGAAGUAAAUGGAAGCAUUGAUCAUCAGAGUAAAACAGAUGGUGACUUUGCCUUAGUGGUUAUUACCUAUGUUGGACUUUCCCUGUCCAUUGUAAGCUUUGUUUUAGUCUUGUUAACUUAUUCAUUAUUUAAAGAACUUCGUACUGUACCUGGAAUUAAUCUCAUGAAUCUCUCUUUGUCACAUUUACUAGUUGAUUUGGUUUAUCUUGCAACAGGCUAUGUUGAAGCCAAAGUUCCAUGCACAAUUAUUGCCAUUUUGUUGCACUAUUUUUUCCUAGUUUCUUUUGUGUGGAUGUCAAUCAUCGCCUUAGAAACUUGGAAGGCAUUCUCUAAAACCCGCAUCAAACACAGAAAUUCAAGCGGAGGGAAGCAACGUUCCAUUUCAUCGCGAAGAAUUGCAGUGGGUUGGCUUCCUGCCUUUGUAAUUGUCGUCAUGUGUAUUGCUCUUGACCAGUCCAACGCGGUUGGCUUUCACUAUGGGGGUAUAAAGGGGUGUUGGAUAAACAAUUCAAUUGCAAAUUUGUUUUCCUUUGUAUUACCAGUUGCUCUUUCCAUUUCAUUUAAUACGGUAUUUUUCGUCUUGACUGCAAACGCCAUCAGGAAAACAAGCAAGGUGGCGCAGAGAGCGACACAUGAAACGGUGAAACGUAAAACUGCUGUGGUGUUUUUAAAGAUCUUCAUCUUGAUGGGCUUUACUUGGAUAUUCGGAUUUUUAAAGGUUCUGGUUUCUCAUUAUUUUGAAUACCCAUUUAUCAUAUUCACCACACUUCAGGGACUGUACGUGGCGCUAGCAUUUGUGUUUACAUCGAGAGUCAAACAAAUGUAUCGCUCUCUCUUGUGUAAAGCGAAGACCAAUUCGGGUACUGGGAGAGAAGAUACGCGACUGUAAACGGCAAAAAAUUGUUUCCGUUAUCUUUGGUCCGAAUCCAUCAUAGUUAGUAGAGAAGAAUCUGAAUCCAUGUAGUCACAAAAAGGGACAUUAAGUAUCAGGAUAAACAUUGUAUAGAUAAAUCAUUUAAAUGUAAUUUAAAAGAAAAGGUUUGAUAACGGAUAUCUCUGAACUUGCUCAUCAGAUUAAUGCAGCCCUAUGAUAGUAGACUUCGUUUGUUGUUAGUGCUUUGAACUUUAAUGGUGGAAUCAAAAAUUAGUACCACUCAGCUGAGUUAUAUUGGAAAUUAUAUAGUAUGUCGAAUUAUUCUCUCAUUUUGAUUUGUUCUUACUUAUGAUCAAUUGGAGGAAGACGCAUAUAUGAAGGCAUUAACAUUUUUUUCUAUUUCAUUAUAUAAAACAAAUAGAUUCCAUGUUGCAAUGCGUCUGUUCAGUAAUAGAUCACAGAAGACGUCAAAAUGUGUUAAGAACAUCAGUGGCACACUCGGCUAUGGGCUAUCGACUAUCGCCUCGUGUGCACAUUUUGACGUCAUCUGUUAUC